CCUAAAAACAGCACAAGUAGAAUUUGAAUUCAUAUUAAUUCAGUUUUUAAAAAAAAAAAAAGAAUUCCAGAAAAAUAUGCCUCUUAAAAUCGUUUAUGUGAAAUAUUUCACAAAGAGUGUAUAAGUCCUAAAGACAAAUAAAAGACAAAUUGUCUGUUUUUUAUAGUGCUUGAAUAAACAAAAGGAAUGCUGCAUUUGGCAAUAGUGAGCUAAACAGCUUAACCAAAAUGACUGAUGUGACUUUGGAAGAUAUGCCCUGCUGCAUAUCUUCUUUCUCCUCCCACGGCCUUUCCCUUCCUGACAGCUAAAACUUCUUUCAGACCUAAGCUUAAAAAACAACUAUGAUGUUGUUAUUGAAGAAGCUGGAGCCUGGGGUGGUAGCUUAGGCUCCAAAGAAGAAGAAAAAAAAGGUUUUCUUGCCCCCCUUACCCCUGUGGGAAACUACAAGGCCGCCCCUGGAUUAAGUCCCCGCCUUUAAACUCAAAUAAGAAGGGAACUUCAAAGGCUGUCGGCCGCCGGGGCUCCGCCCUCCUGCUCCCAAUCGGCUUCACAAAGGAUUUGCCGACGUUCGGGAAUUCCGCCUCCAGUUCCUUUUAUAGCGCCACUCGUGCGCUGGCUGCGUUCCAGGAGCCCGCCCAUCCUCGUUACUUUGACAACACAAAGGACUUCACGGAACUCACAGGCGCCGCCCACAUUUCCAAAUAAGGAAAGUCCGUCCAUGUACGGCAAACAAUCGGUGCGAGAUUGCCCUUUUCUCUUCCUUAUCCUGUUUAUAUGAUCGGAGAGGAGCUGCGCUUCAGGUUGGAAGCGGUGCGAACAUGGAUGAGCGAGUCCAGCAGCCCCCGGCCAAGCGGCACUGCUGGCGGCCCGGCUAUAACUCGGCAUGCAGGCAGGGGCAGCGGGCUGGAGGGGUCCUGUGUGGCGGUACGGGCUCCGCUCCGGGAGGCUCUGGGAACGGAAAAACGCACAACCCCGAGUCGCUGCUCGACAUCGCGGCACGUCGAGUCGCGGAGAAGUGGCCGUUUCAGCGGGUGGAGGAGCGCUUCGAGAGGAUCCCGGAGCCCGUCCAGCGGAGGAUCGUAUACUGGUCAUUUCCUAGAAGCGAAAAGGAGAUCUGUAUGUAUUCUUCUUUCAACGCCGGAGGAGAGGAAAGUGGAACUAGCGGGGACAACAAUGAUGAGACCCAGCUGCCUUUCCUACGGGGUGUCACUCUGUUGGAGAGUGGCUGGGUGGACAACGUAUUACAAGUCGGUUUCCAUCUGAGUGGAACGGUGACGGACCCCGCCACGUCUCCGGAGCUCGUCUGCAAUGUCAGCGUCAGCUUUGACCGCUGCAAGAUAACUGCUGUGACGUGCACAUGCGGAAACAAGGACAUCUUCUACUGCGCCCACGUAGUGGCACUUUCCCUUUACAGAGUCCGAAAACCCGAGCAGGUCAAGCUGCAUCUGCCCAUCUCAGAAACCUUAUUCCAAAUGAGCAGAGACCAGCUGCAGAAGUUUGUCCAGUACCUGAUCUCAGUCCACCACACUGAGGUGCUGCCCACCGCACAGAAACUGGCAGACGAGAUCCUGUCGCAGAACUCGGAGAUCAACCAGGUUCACGGGGCCCCGGACCCCACGGCUGGGGCCAGCGUGGACGAUGAAAACUGCUGGCACCUGGACGAGGAGCAGGUUCAGGAGCAAGUGAAGCUCUUCCUGUCCCAGGGAGGAUACCACGGCUCGGGCAAGCAGCUCAACCUGCUGUUCAGCAAGGUGAGGGAGAUGCUGAAGAUGCGUGACUCCAACGGAGCGAGGAUGUUGACGCUGAUCACAGAGCAGUUCAUGGCGGACCCUCGGCUGGCGCUGUGGAGACAGCAGGGCACCACCAUGACCGACAAGUACAGGCAGCUCUGGGAUGAGCUGGGUGCCCUGUGGAUGUGCAUCGUACUGAACCCCCACUGUAAGCAGGAGCAGAAGUCAUCGUGGCUGCGCCAGCUGCGCAGAUGGAACAGCGUAGACGUCUGCCCGUGGGAGGAUGGAAACCACGGCAAUGAGCUGCCCAACCUCACCCACUCCUUGCCUCAGGGUGCUCACGGAAACCAAGAGAUGCGUCCCCACAGGACUGUUUUUACACGAGCUAUCGAGGCCUGCGACCUGCACUGGCAGGACCGACACCUCCAGCACAUUAUCGCCAGUGACCUCUAUGCCAACUACUGUUACCAUGACAACCAGGAGGGCUCCCUCUUCGACUCGCGUGGCUGGCCUUUAUGGCACGAACAUGUCCCGACGGCGUGUGCUCGAGUGGAUGCCCUGCGUUCCCACGGUUACCCCAGAGAAGCACUGCGACUGGCCAUUGCUGUUGUGAACACGUUACGAAGGCAGCAGCAGAGGCAGCUGGAGCACUUUAGACGGCACAAAAAAGAAUUGCUCCACAAAGGCCAUACUUCCAUAACCAACAUGGAGGGCUGGGUGGGACACCCUCUGGAUCCCAUCGGUACUCUGUUCAGCACCCUGACAGAGUCGGGACGGGUGGGCGAUGAAGGUGCCAACAUCUGUUUAGAUCUUUCAGCUCUCUCCUGGUCCCUUCCAGACUGUUCCAGUGUUGUGAGCAGAGCAGACCUCCAACGAAUGCCCGUGCAGCGAUUGCUAGGGGACGGUGAAUCGUACAUGGCGUUGGCAGUGGAGACGGCUCUGAUUGGCUUGGGCCAGCAGAGAGUAAUGCCUGAUGGGCUGUACGCUCAAGAAAAGGUGUGUCGCAACGAAGAGCAGCUGUUGGCCAAGCUGCAGGAAGUGGAACUGGACGACUCCUUGGUCAAAAUCUUCCGUAAACAGGCCGUCUUUCUGCUGGAAGCCGGCCCGUACUCUGGCCUCGGAGAGAUUGUCCACAGAGAGAGUGUUCCCAUGCACACCUUCGCCCGCUAUCUCUUCACCUCUCUCCUACCUCACGACGCUGAACUGGCGUACAAAAUUGCACUGAGAGCCAUGCGGUUGCCCGUGUUGGAGUCCACGGCCUCGUCUGGUGAUCUCUCCCGACCGCACCACAUUGUGUCUGUAGUUCCCAACCGCUACCCGCGCUGGUUCACCCUCAGCCACAUAGAGUCUCAACAGUGUGAGCUGGCCUCCACCAUGCUCACUGCCGCCAAAGGUGACAGCCGCAAGCUGGAGACGGUCCUGGAGUCGAUCCAGAAAAACAUUCACUCCUCGUCUCAUAUUUUCAAACUGGCACAGGAUGCGUUCAAGAUUGCCACUCUAAUGGAUAGCCUCCCUGACAUCACUCUUCUCAAAGUUUCUCUGGAGCUGGGACUGCAGGUGAUGAGAAUAACUCUGUCCACACUGAACUGGAGGAGAAGAGAGAUGGUGCGCUGGUUAGUCACAUGUGCCACUGAAGUUGGGGUGUAUGCACUGGACAGCAUCAUGCAAAACUGGUUCACCCUCUUCACCCCCACGGAAGCAACCAGUAUUGUGGCCACCACCGUCAUGUCCAACAGCACCAUCGUCCGCCUCCACCUGGACUGCCACCAGCAGGAGAACCUGGCUUCAUCUGCACGCACGCUGGCCCUGCAGUGUGCCAUGAAGGACCCCCAGAACUGCGCCCUCUCUGCUCUUACACUCUGUGAAAAGGACCACAUUGCCUUCGAGACAGCCUACCAGAUUGUACUGGAUGCAGCAGCCACAGGAAUGAGCUACACGCAGCUGUUCACUAUUGCACGCUACAUGGAGCACCGCGGAUACCCGAUGCGAGCGUAUAAGUUGGCCACAUUAGCUAUGGCUCAUCUGAACCUGAGUUACAACCAGGACACGCACCCAGCCAUCAAUGACGUACUGUGGGCCUGUGCGCUCAGCCACUCCCUGGGCAAGAACGAGCUAGCCGCUGUAAUUCCCCUAGUGGUCAAGAGCGUAAAGUGCGCCACUGUGCUCUCAGACAUUUUGCGGCGUUGCACGCUGACCACGCCCGGCAUGGUUUCGGCUCUGCACAGCCGCAGGAACUCUGGGAAGUUGAUGUCACUGGACAAAGCGCCGCUCAGGCAGCUGCUGGACGCCACCAUUGGGGCGUACAUCAACACCACGCACUCUCGGCUCACGCACAUCAGCCCGCGGCACUACAGCGAGUUCAUAGAGUUCCUGGGAAAGGCCCGGGAGACGUUUAUGAUGGCUCAUGACGGACACAUCCAGUUCACCCAGUUCAUAGACAACCUGAAACAGAUCUAUAAGGGCAAAAAGAAACUAAUGAUGCUCGUGAGGGAGAGGUUUGGCUGAGAGCAAGGCUUGGUUCCAAAGCACGCUCCACUCUCACUUUAGGACUUUUCUAUUUACUUGAUUCUGCCUUUUGAACUUCCUUUGGACUAAUGGACGAGUAAAAAGAGGGAUGUGACUUGUAGAAUGAAGCAAAAACAGAAAGGAAGCGAUGAGAAAAAAAGUCAACAGAGCCACCUGCGGUAUUAUUGUUCUCGCUGUUGUUACUGUUAUAAACAGUAUUACUAUUAUUAUUAUUAUUAAUAUUAUUCCUACUCCGUGUACAGACGUGUUUUUUAUUUUUCAGAAGAGAGGAAAUUUGUCACAUUGUGAAUGUUGUGUGUUUCUCUACAUGUGUGCGAGACAAAAAAUGAAAAGGCUUUUUUUGGGGAACUUUUUAGUUCCUUUAAACACAUUUUUUUUAGCAUCCUUUCCUCCCUUUUUUUUGUGUAUAUUUGAGUUAGGGUGUUGUCGAGCGGCUGAAGCCCUUGUACAAUAAAGCUCAUGUAAAAAAAAAAAAAAGGUAAAAAAAAACAACAACAACCAAGAAGAAAAAAACAAACGUUUAGGCGUCCUCAAAGAGAAACUAAGGCUUUAAACCACACAGAGCGCCUCCUCAUGUCCAGACCCUCGCUGGUGGGCUCUGGGCAGCACUGCACAGCUUAGCUCGGCUCGACACAGCUUGGGUUCCCACUAACAGAAAGCCGCCAUCAGCAUUUCUUCAUACUAGCAAGCAGCACUUGAGCAGCCAUUAGCUUUCUCUGGGCUCCAGGCAUUAUCCCCACCACACCAUGCUCUUAGCUAACUCUUGUUAUUGUGAUCUAAGCCUCCUCCAUAAUGAGAACCUGUUCCAGACAGAAGACAGUGUGCAGUGAUGACACAUUAGACAAAGAUAAUGAGUAUUAUUGCUUCAUUAAAGUCCCGUAGCACCGCUGUGGUUUUUAACUGCCAACAUUUGACUGCUAUCCCUGAGUUUUCUUGUUAAAACACAUUACCCAGAGGGAGAUGACUACCUCAUGAUACAGCAUUGAACCUGCUCCCAGUUGUGCUAUCGUGAUAUUUAUCGUCCAUGUUAGCUGACAGUGUUAAUUGAAAAGGGGAUUCGCUACUGAGACUAAUGUUGAUAAGAAACUAAGCGUUUCCGCGCUCUCCUCAAAAUUCGCUCCCCCCCCCCCCCCCCCAACAUGCAUUGCAUGGUGUCUUCAGACUAGGGCCAGUGUCACUUCCCCUCUGUGCAUGUGAAUCAUGGAAAUUUGACUUUCUACUGUUAUAGUUCAUUGUGUGGAACCUCCAGUAACCAGAACGUUCUCAGGGAUUUCUCUACGCAGGAAAACAAAAGGCGGAAAACAAAUGAACGACUGUCUACACGAGAAAGACUUCAAACGUGACACAAACAUGAGCAAGCAUUAAUUGUACUCUGUAUAUAUGCCAUAGUAUAUGUCUGAAUAUGGAGGAUCUGAAAGUAUAUGUUAACUAAUUUAUACAGAGUAUUCUAUGUAAUGUGAAAUACUUGAAGCCGCUGUAAUUUGCUCUUUCUUUCCCUCUCUGGCUCUUUUCCUCUCCUCUGUCUUCCCUUUUUUUUGUUGCAAACAGAACAUAUCAAAAGGACAAGACUGGCCUCUGUUUUUUGGACGAACGAGGCAUUCGCCCCUCAGGCGCUGGAUCCAGUCAGAAAUGCAGGUUUUGGUCUCUCUAGCUACACCUUCAUCGACUCGAUAAAUGUUUAAAAACAACAAAAGCAUUCAUUUUUAACUAGCAUUUUUUAAGACACUAACGCAUGUAAGCUGUUGUAGCCUGGUUUUCCUGUGGGAUCCCAUAUUGAAAAAAACACGCUUCAUACUGGAUGAGUAGCUGGCUCAAAAAUAGAGCAUUUUGUGUCCAGAGCUUCAUUCACUGAAAGACAUUUCUUGACUACAGUCUUACAGAAAUAAUGAGUCACAAGCAGGAUUUAACAACCUUGAUCAAGAAGUGCAGGUUCAAUGCUUUUACAAAACAUUUGCUUUAUUCCACCGAAACUUCCAGUGUCUCCUCUGCGAUGCGCAGCUACCCUAUUCUUCUUGCCUUUUUCCCCUUAUUUCCUUUUUUAUUUCCUGUGCAACUUUUCUAUCUUGUGUUGAUUGAAGAUGAAAGCAGCCUUUUCUCUUGCCUUGUCUUAACGCUUUAAAGUAACCAAACAGAAGAUCCAUCUAUCUAACAACCAAACGCGUUUUAAGGGGUGAGAGACAAACAACCGUGGUCCCAGCUUUAGUGUCCUUAAUUAGUAAGAGAAUGGCUGUGUAACUCAUGCUUUAACUAAAGCAAUUCCUCAUGUGUGCUUGGUGGAAAAGAUACGUUGUCCAGUGUCUCUUGUCUUCAGAAACAAUUUCCUCUGAGUCUUUCUAGCUGUUUUUAUUUUUAUUCUUCUGUUUGUGUAGGAAAUCUUCUGCUCUCUUUUAUUUAUUACGAUGACCCAUGUAUACUUGCUUAUGAAAUUCAGAUUUGAUACACCGAUAUCAAUUUAUUUAUGUAACUAAAUCACUGUUUUAUAAUCUUGUUAAUGAGUCAAUAAUUGACGUUUUUGUUUUGUUCUUUUGUUUUAAUAAAAGUUAGUUUUUUGAAAUGUA